CUCAGAAAGCAAGAGUGAUCAGCCCCAGCUCUGUGAAACAUCUUGUUUAUUGACUGCAUUUCCGCAGCUUGCAAAUGGUUAACUAUAUGCAAAAAAGUCAGCAUAGCAGCGAAGUACGCUGUGAAUUUUAAUUGGGGAAGGACAACUGCUUCAGGAUGAUCUAGUGUGCCCUCUGCUUGAAAUACAUUUUCAAUGAAAUGCUCCUGCUCUGCACUGUGUCUCUGACUAGAGGCUUUCACUUCCUUAAGUGAUGGGACUUGCCAAAAAGUGAUAUUUGUGAAGAAAGUGCACGGCGGUUAGUGUUUUCUUUUUUAAUAAAGAAACUGAAUUUACUUUGAACAUCUUUUCCAGCUGUGCAUUACAGAUAACGUCAGGAAGAGUUCAUCUCUGCUUUACAGAAUUUGGUUCGAUCACAUGACAACAUGAAGCUGUGGAUUCAUCUCUUAUACUCGUCUGUUCUGGUCUAUAUGUCUUCACAGUCCCCAUCUCCAACAUCCUCAGGCAGAGGUUCUUGUGAUUCUCUUUGCAACUGUGAGGAAAAAGAUGGCACAAUUUUAAUAAAUUGUGAAGAGAAAGGUAUCAAGCUGUUAUCCCAAAUAAGUGUGCCACCAUCACGACCUUUCCAGUUAAGUUUAUUAAAUAAUGGUUUGACGAUGCUUCACACAAAUGACUUUUCUGGGCUUAGCAAUGCUAUCUCAAUACACCUGGGAUUUAACAACAUUGCAGAGAUUGAGACUGGUGCAUUUAACGGCCUUGGACUUCUAAAGCAACUUCAUAUCAAUCAUAAUUCUUUAGAAAUUCUAAAAGAGGACACCUUCCAUGGACUGGAAAACCUGGAAUUCCUACAAGCAGAUAACAAUUUUAUUACAGUGAUUGAACCAAGUGCCUUUAGCAAGCUCAACAGACUUAAAGUGUUAAUUUUAAAUGACAAUGCUAUUGAGACUCUCCCUGCAAACAUAUUCCGAUUUGUUCCUUUAACUCACCUAGAUCUUCGUGGAAAUCAGUUGCAAACAUUGCCUUAUGUCGGGUUUUUGGAGCACAUUGGCAGAAUAUUGGAUCUCCAGUUGGAAGACAAUAAAUGGGUCUGCAAUUGUGACCUAUUACAGCUAAAAAUCUGGUUGGAAAACAUGCCUCCCCAGUCUAUCAUUGGUGAGGUUGUAUGCAACAGCCCUGCGGUUUUCAAAGGCAGCCUUCUAAGCCGGCUGAAACAGGAAUCAAUUUGCCCCACUCCCCCCGUGUAUGAAGAGCAUGAGGAUCCCUCAGGAUCUUUACUUCAGGCAGUAACAUCUUCAGUAAGUGAUAGUUGCAUGUCAAUCAAGACCAUAUCACCUUUGAAACCGCCCACCAAAGCACCAGGUUUGAUACCUUACAUUACAAAGCCAGCCACUCAGCUUCCUGUACUCUACUGUCCAAUUCCUUGUAACUGCAAAGUGCUGUCCCCAUCAGGACUGCUGAUACACUGUCAAGAACGCAACAUUGAAAGCUUAUCAGAUCUAAAACCUCCUCCGCAAAAUCCUAGAAAGCUAAUUCUAGCAGGGAAUAUUAUUCAUACAGUAACGAAGUCUGAUCUAGUGGAAUACUUCACUUUGGAAAUGCUUCACUUGGGAAACAAUCAUAUUGAGGUACUUGAAGAAGGGUCAUUUAUGAAUCUAACACGAUUACAGAAGCUUUAUUUAAAUGGCAACCAUCUGACAAAACUAACAAGAGCCAUGUUCCUUGGUCUCCACAAUCUUGAGUACUUAUAUCUUGAAUAUAAUGCAAUUAAGGAAAUAUUACCAGGAACCUUUAACCCAAUGCCUAAACUUAGAGUCCUAUAUUUAAAUAAUAAUCUAUUACAAGUUUUACCACCACAUAUUUUUUCAGGAGUUCCACUAACAAGAGUAAACCUUAAAACAAACCAGUUUACUCAUCUACCUGUGAGUCAUAUCUUGGAUGACCUUGAUUUACUGACCCAGAUUGACCUUGAGGACAACCCUUGGGAUUGUUCCUGUGAUCUAGUUGGAUUGCAGCAAUGGAUACAAAAAUUAAGUAAGAACACAGUGACAGAUGAUAUCCUCUGCACUUCUCCAGACCACCUAGACAAGAGGGAAUUAAAGUCUCUUAAUAGUGAACUUCUUUGCCCAGGUUUGGUCAGUAACCCAUCUCUGCCAACUCAGACUAGUUACAUAAUUGUCAAUACUCCUACAACCACGACAACAGCAGAUACUAUUUUAAGAUCGCUUACUGAUGCUGUACCACUGUCUGUUUUAAUAUUAGGACUGCUGAUUGUGUUCAUAACUAUCGUGUUCUGUGCUGCAGGGAUAGUGGUUCUUGUUCUUCACCGCAGGAGAAGGUACAAAAAGAAACAAGCAGAUGAGCAGAUCAGAGACAACAGCCCAGUACAUCUUCAAUAUAGUAUGUAUGGCCAUAAAACAACUCAUCACACCACAGAAAGACCGAGUGCAUCACUCUAUGAGCAGCACAUGGUGAGCCCCAUGGUUCAUGUCUACAGAAGUCCAUCCUUUGGCCCAAAGCAUUUGGAAGAGGAAGAAGAAAAGAAUGAGAAAGAGGGAAGUGAUGCGAAACAUCUCCAAAGAAGUCUUUUAGAACGGGAAAAUCAUUCGCCACUCACCGGGUCCAAUAUGAAGUAUAAAACCACAGACCAAUCUACUGAAUUUUUAUCCUUCCAAGAUGCCAGUUCAUUAUAUAGGAACAUUUUAGAGAAGGAAAGGGAGCUCCAGCAACUGGGAAUCACGGAAUACCUAAAGAAAAACAUUGCUCAGCUCAAGCCUGAUAUGGAGGUACAUUAUCCGGGAGCACACGAAGAGUUAAAAUUAAUGGAGACAUUAAUGUACUCAAGACCCAGGAAGGUAUUAGUGGAACAGACUAAAAAUGAAUAUUUUGAGCUCAAAGCUAAUUUGCAUGCUGAACCUGACUACUUAGAAGUCCUGGAGCAGCAAACAUAGAUGGAGAGUUUGAGGACUUUUGCAGAAAUGCUGUGAUUCUGUCUUAAGUCAAACCUUGUAAAUAAGUGCCUUACAUGAGUGUGUCAUCAAUCAGAAUUAAAGCACAGCAGUAUUUCUAUGGGAAUAAAAGAAAGAAAGAAACUCAGGGAUCACUGGGAGAAGCCAUUGUGUUAUUUUUUUUUUACAAUUUUGUCUGUCCCAAAUAAAAUAAAUCCUUGUAUGUAAAUCAUUCAAGGAUGAUAGUAAUAUUUCUCCACAUACUUAAAAGUGUUUCACAGAAGUCCUCUUGCACAUCUAAAAGGGUUGACCAAGUAACGUUAUUUUUCUUGAAUUGUUUUACCCGUGGGUUGAAUAGAAUUGAAUUUUGUCAUUUAAAAAUUAUACAUGUAAAUGUAGUUAUAAUAUGUAAAAAUAUAUUGUUCAUAUAACCAGUAUAUGUACUAAAAUGUACAUUGUUAAAUGCAUCUAAUUUUAUUGCAGGAAAGGCAAAAGGAACUGGUCCUUUAAAAUGACAAAUAGUAAUAGUAAGGAAAAAAUAGAAGGUUGAAUGAUAUAGGCUAUGAGUGAACCAAAACUCUGAACAUUCAAAGAUUUUUUCAAGUGCUCCUGCUGUGCUUUCUGAAUUUAAAGUUAAAAAAUGAGUAGUAGUUAUGGUGUAAUACACAAGCAAACUUUUGGGGCUUUCUGCACAUUUUUGUGUGGACAAUCUUAUUGUCAAUGCUGCUGUGAACUAAGGUAUGUCAUUUGUGCUCAAAGUUUAAGUCUUACUCUUUGAAUAUUUAAAGAAUGCUACUGAUAUUCAAUUGUAAAUAUGACUAGUGCAUCUAUUGAGUUUGGUUUUCUUCAUAGCAUUAAUCCUUUGUAAAUUUGAA